GGGGAGGGCUGGUGGCGGGGCGGCCGCGCGCCGAGGCCAUGCCGCGCUCUUUCCUUGUGGACUCUCUGGUGCUGCGCGAAGCAAGCGAGAAGAAGGCGCCCGAGGGCAGUCCGCCGCCGCUCUUUCCCUACGCGGUUCCCCCGCCGCACGCGCUGCACGGUCUCUCUCCCGGCGCUUGCCACGCGCGCAAGGCCGGGCUGCUGUGCGUAUGCCCGCUCUGCGUCACGGCCUCACAGCUGCACGGGCCCCCCGGGCCGCCCGCGCUGCCGCUGCUCAAAGCAUCCUUCCCGCCCUUCGGCUCUCAGUACUGCCACGCGCCCCUUGGCCGCCAGCACUCGGCCGUGUCGCCCGGGGUCGCUCACAGUCCGGCCGCCGCUGCAGCAGCAGCCGCGCUCUACCAGACUUCCUACCCGCUGCCGGAUCCCCGGCAGUUCCACUGCAUCUCCGUGGACAGCAGCUCGAACCAGCUGCCCAGCAGCAAGAGGAUGCGGACCGCGUUCACCAGUACGCAGCUGCUGGAGCUGGAGCGCGAAUUCGCCUCCAAUAUGUACCUGUCCCGCCUUCGCCGCAUCGAGAUCGCAACCUACCUGAAUCUGUCCGAGAAGCAGGUGAAGAUCUGGUUUCAGAACCGCCGGGUGAAGCACAAGAAGGAGGGCAAGGGCAGCAACCACCGCGGCAGCGCCGGCGGUGCGGCUGCGGGUGCCGGCGGGGGCGCACCGCAAGGCUGCAAGUGCGCGUCGCUCUCCUCAGCCAAGUGCUCAGAGGAUGACGACGAAUUGCCCAUGUCUCCGUCCUCCUCUGGGAAGGACGACCGGGAUCUUACGGUCACUCCUUAGGC